AAUUAGGAAUCAUCAAAAAAGUGAAAGUAGUAGGCAGAACUCAAUACUAGUAUUAAAAUGGUGGGGCUUCACACUGAGGACAGAGCUGCUGCUCCACUCCACAUUUACUUCUCCUUCUCAAAUCUCACCAUCUUUUAUUUAUACACUCCUAUCCUACUAUUCAUAAUCAAUUACUACUUCAAAACCUUGGCAAUGCCGCUGCAUUUAUUACACACCAUCUCCAUCACCAUUACCAUCACCAUCACACUAGUAUUUUUCACUAUCAGCAUUGCAUCAGCUGCCGGCAGCGAUACUUCGGCGGUGGGAGAUGGUGGAAUGCGGAGAGACGGGUUGCGGGUGGCGUUUGAGGCUUGGAACUUCUGCAAUGAGGUUGGCACCGAAGCCCCCGGCAUGGGAAGCCCCCGAGCCGCCGACUGCUUCCAUCUCACUCAAGGCAGCGGCUCCAUAAUCCACGAGGUGUCCGAAGCUGACAACAGGCUAGGGGUUGGAACUCCAUUCCCGGGUCUGAGCCACAAGGCUCUCAACCACCCGGACCUCUAUGCGGCCGAGAAGGAGCUCUAUCUCGGCUCCUUAUGCCAAGUCUCCGACACCCCCAAGCCCUGGCAGUUUUGGAUGGUAAUGCUCAAGAAUGGCAACUACGAUACUAGAUCAGGCCUGUGCCCCGAGAACGGGAAAAAGGCUCCGCCAUUUCGCCCCAGGAGAUUCCCGUGUUUUGGGAAGGGAUGUAUGAAUCAGCCGAGCCUGUACCACCAGCCUACGAGGUUGUACAACGAUGGCACCUUGAUGAGGGGAGGCUUCUACGGCAGUUAUGACAUUUCCACCGGCAAACAUUCUUCGUAUUACCAAGUUGUGUGGGAGAAGAAAGUUGGGAGUGGGAGUUGGGUUUUCAAACAUAAGCUCGUGACUUCUAAAAAGUAUCCAUGGCUUAUGCUUUACUUGAGAGCUGACGCAACUACAGGUUAUUCCGGGGGCUACCACUACGACACUCGAGGAAUGCUCAAAAUUCUGCCGGAGUCUCCUAAUUUUAAGGUGAAGCUGAGUUUGGACAUCAAGAAAGGGGGAGGUCCGAAGAGCCAGUUCUACUUGAUGGACAUAGGGAGCUGCUGGAAAAACAACGGCGCACCCUGCGACGGUGAUGUGCGGACCGAUGUCACUCGAUACUCGGAGAUGAUCAUCAACCCAGUAACUCAGGCGUGGUGCAGCCCCACCAAUAUCGCCAACUGCCCCCCCUACCACAUCACUCCGGACGACACCAAGAUACUCAGAAACGACACGGACAACUUCCCUUACAGAGCCUAUCACUAUUACUGUGCCCCGGGAAAUGCAAAGCAUGCCGAGAAGCCAUACAGCACAUGUGAUCCCUAUAGUAAUCCGCAGGCGCAGGAGCUGGUGCAGUUGCUUCCUCAUCCCAUCUGGGAGGAGUACGGAUACCCUACCAAGCAGGGUGAAGGGUGGGUGGGAGACGGGCGUACCUGGGAGCUCGACGUUGGUGGCCUUUCCAGCAGGCUUUACUUCUACCAGGAUCCAGAUACUGCUCCUGCAAGAAGAAUAUGGACCUCUCUUGAUGUGGGGACAGAGAUAUUUGUUAGUGAUCAAGAUGAAGUGGCUGAAUGGUCUCUCAGUGACUUUGAUGUUAUUCUAACUUGAUUAACAUAAUGUACCAUAGCAGAGCAACAAAAAUGUUAGCACUGCGCAUCACAUUAUUUAACAAAAAGCUUGAUUUUCCUCAUUAUAA